UUCAAAUUUUGGUUUUCCGGCCAAGACUCUUAGUUAUAGCUGAUGACUGCGUUGUCAAUCAUUCCUUGGCGAGGAUCAAGUAAACAGCUUUUGAAGGUAACUGUGAUCAGGCGUUUUGGUUUGGGAAUUUCGAAGAUGAUGCGAAAAGACGAAGUCGCGGCCAUGCGAAUUGAUUACAAAACGCCUGUGUUUGACGAGAGCGGUCUCGUGGCGAAAGAACCGUUUAUGCAAUUCGACUGUUGGUUUAAAGAAGCUACAACAGCAGAAGGUAUUGGGGAAGCAAAUGCAAUGGUUCUUUCUACAUGUGGAAGGUAAGUUACAUCCUUUUGGGUAAAGAGGGAAAACGUCUGACAGAAGCAACAUGAGAAAUGCCGGUGUUAGAAGCAAAGAUGAGGUUAAUGAGAAAAGCUUGCAUGUUACAAGUUCGAAAAGUUGUUAUUUGUGAGUUAACCAACAAUCCUAGUCAAACGUAUGCCAAAACCAUCAAAAUGUUUUAUUCGUAGGUAAUCAUGUAUGUGUAGAGUUGUAUUGUCGCGUUAAAUUUGUCGCUGAUACGGUUUGUUGAUUGAUUAUGUAAUCAUCCAAGAAUUGGCCACGCUUGAAGAGUUUUACAUACUGCCAGAAUUAUUCAAGGACUAUUAAACCAAGUUCGACAUGUAUUGCGUGGCCAUGGCACAUAAGUUCAUCAGAUUUCCUAGUUUGUGAGCAAGCUCUUCGGAAAGCUUGCUCGCAGACUACAGAUUUCCAUAUUUUUCUAUGUAGGGACUUUGUUGAGUCUUUGAAUUUGUAGUUUAAAAUAUGUAACCAAGCUUUCACGAAGCUGUUUGCAGGUGGCUGUAAUAAUACUUGUAUUGCCUAUGAUAUACAAGGCAUUGUCUACGAAAGACUGAAAAAAUAAGCGUCAUGCAAAGUUCUGACAUUUUGGAUCACUCUGAGCAGCCCAGCUACAUCCUGUCAAUUUGUGGGGGAAAGACAAGAGUAGAUGCUGGCCAGCUGCUGAUCAAUGAUUGAUGGCAUUGUAAAACAUAAACUUUCUCUCCAGCUAGUGCAUGAUGGUGGUCACUCGUCAGGGAGGGACUUAAAUUCAGGGUCCCCAACCAACCAUGUUGCUCAUCUUUCCCUUGUCUCUGUUACAGACUGUAUGUCAUCAGCUUAUCCACAUUCUCCCCUCUCUCAAGGGGCCUAUUGACAGCUGUAGGUCCAAGAAAGGAUCCAGAAAAUUCAGAAAGGGGUGGUUAGGACACUUGCCCACUUGCCAGCUAUAUAGAUACUUUUUAUUUUUCCGAGAAUUCUAUUAAAAUGAUACAAAAUUUCAAAGAAAAAGGGGUGGCUGCGGCCCCUCGGCCAGGUCCCCUAAAUCCGCCCUGGAGGUCAUAGGAAGCCUGGGGAGAGGGAAAGAAAAGAGUGCGUAGGGGACAAUAGGAAGAGAAAAAUUAAGAUGAAAUCCAUCAGCAAAUUAAGUAAUUUUAAUUUUCAGUAGACAAAAACCUUGUACCAGAAUAAUUUAAGCAAUAUUAUUGCAUUUUUUUUUUUACAUUUUUCAAGAGCUAUAGAUGUAAUUAGAUAUCUGUAUAAUAACACCAAAGAAAAUUUCUUAUGAGAGCCCGAGCAAAUAAAUGUCAAAUUUCACAAAAUGACAUCUUACACAUGAAAUUUUCAGAAUUUUGUCUGAGUUUUCACAAUUCUUGUGAAAUUUGACAUUUAUUUUCUUAGGCUCCCAUGAGAAUUAAUAGUCUUUGGUGUUAUUACAGAUAACUAAUAUUAUAUUAAUAGCCCUUGAAAAAUGUAAAAAAGAAUGUAAUAUUUUUAAAAUUAUUCUGGUACAAGGUCUUAAUAGACAAAGACAGGCCUUUUCCCUCUUCACAUUGUCCACCACACAAUUGCUAUUUUUUGAUUACUGCUAUUUUUAUUGGAAUACCCAGUGGGUGCCUCUGUGGAAGAGAGAGUAUCCCCAUCUUCUCCCUAUAUCUCAUACAUGUAGCUGGUUAACAUGUGAUUCAUAAAGACUGCAUAAUUAUGAAUGACUGCAUCAUUUUUUUACACUCUUUCAGAGACUGCCGGCCAAGGGCAAGAGUUGUUUUGCUUAAAGGAUACGACAAGACAGGAUUCACAUUUUUUACCAAUUAUGAAAGCAAGAAGGGUGAGCAGUUGGUGAGUAUUGAAACCAUGAUAAGUUGAAGUGCUUGUUUUAUACAGUAAGCUACCUACUAUUCUUGAGUCAAAAACAACAAAUUUUCGUUGUGAGGUUCCAGGUUGUAAAAUAGCUGACCAUAAUUAUGUGACCUGGAAAGUGUAAACAGACACUUAGGGUUUUCCCUUCAACAGGCAGGAAAGAAAUGGAUCGAUGUAAACAAAAUUUUUCAUUAAACAGUAAAGUGUUAGUGUCCAUUUUUGCUGUCCAGGUGACUUACAUGUGUACUGGAGGAUGUCACAAGAUUUGAAUUUUCGUUUUUCUCAAAAUAUUUGGUUUGAGUUUAUUAUUUACCUAAAUAAAUUUGUUUUAAAAAAUGCCCCAUGCUUAAGGCUCAAAUUUUCCUGGAAGGUGUAUGUAUGUAUAUUAAAAAGAGUAAAAGCAGUGAAAAAAGGUAAAAAAAAACUGUAAAUGUAAUAUUAAAAAGGGUCAGAAAAUAUAUGUAUAUAUAAAAAUGGGAAAGCCAUCUAAGCCAGCAUAACCUUCCUUUAUAAAAUUACAAUAGUUCUGUUUGAAUGCAGUUGUGAAAAGUUGAGCCCGAAAAAAUUCAUGCAGGCUUGCUAGGAUUCUACCCUGACCUCAUCAAUGUUCCACAGUGCAUCGCUUUAACCUGUUGAACUAGCAAGCCAACAGCUGGGAGCUGGUCAUUAAAUUGGUUUGUAUUAAUAAACAAUUAUACCAGGGAAAGAAGGGAAAGAUGAAGAUUAAAUAAUGAAUAUAUGAAUUUCAUCACUGGAACUGUAGAACGCAUCCGACUUGUAGUGAAAGAUGCAACUUAUGCAGUUGCAAAAAGAAAUCUUUCCCCGGUAUAAUAGACCUUUUUACCGAUACGGCGGCCAUAUUGAAUUAAUUCAAUUUAAGGAGUAUUAUAGGAUGCCCAGGGGGCAUGAGCACAUUUCGUUUGUAUUUUUUAGCACUUUUCGGAACAUUUUUUCUGAAAGUUUUCUUAGAAUAAGAUUGUAAUGGGAAAAAAGAUCCUUUUGCCGUGUUUUAAUGUAAUAAUGAUCGCCUUUUUCCCGAGAAAUAUACAUUGAAAGACCAUAUUUUUAUUACUAAACUAGAAAAAGGCGAUCAUUAUUACAUCCAAACACGGUACAGGGAUCUUUUUUCCCAUUACAAUCUUAUUCUAAGAAAACUUUAAGAAAAAAUGUUCCGAAAAGCGCUUGAAAAUACAAACGAAAUGUGCUCAUGCCCCCUGGGCAUCCUGUAAUACUCCUUAAAUCGAAUUAAUUCAAUAUGGCCGCCGUAUCAGUAAAAAGGUCAUAUUAUUACAAACUAAUUUAAUGAAUAGCUUUAGUUGGUUUAGUACAUAUAUAGCUCCAUUGGUUACUGAGCACUGCACUAGCAUUGCAGAAGUCAGGAUUUGAAUCCCAGCAAGUUUGAAUAUUUAUUUUCAGCCUUUUUUUUUCAACUGCUUAAGUUGCAUCAUCUUUUCAUUAUUUUCUUCAUUCUGCUGUGAGUCCCAAUAAGUGAAAUUCAUAUUAAUAAAAACUAUUCAUUAUUUCUUGUUAAUAUCCUAUCCAUUUACUGACUUGUUACAGAAGGAAAACCCCUAUGCCUGCUUAUUGUUUUACUGGCAUCCAUUGCAUCGACAGGUAUUCUAUUAUUCUGUGUAAUAUUAUUUUAAUAAGAAUGUGUGGUGCAUGCAAAAUUUACUACACUGUUCACAGGCUUUCUAUUGAUUUUCUUAAUGGAAACUAUUAAAAACAGAAAGUACAAGAGUGAUUGCAGUGAAAUAAAGGGGCCACUGAGGGCGUAGCGGCCUUAAAGCUAUAAAGCCUGGGCUUAACAAAAAGUUGGGUUAAAAUAAGCUUAUGUAAUUACUUGGCUACUGUAAUUAACAAUUAUUCUAUGAGUGCGCGUUGGAUAUAAGAUGGUAGAUAGCCAACAAGGUGCGCAGCGCCCAGUUGGCUAUAAUCAUCCCAUAUCCAACAAGCACAAGUGGAAUAAUUGUUUUAUUAAAAUAUACCUGCCAAGUGUCAUGCCAAAGGUGUGACUGUCACGGCUGCAGAUCGAAAACUUCAAUCCCAUACGUACUCACACCUGUCCUCCAGUUUCUCAUGCCUGGUAGAAAUGUUUGAGCCAUUACAGCAUUAACUGACAUAUUUCAAAAAAUGUAAUAUUAAUUAUUAACUGGAACCUCGCGCAUGAGGGAAAAGGUAAGUCCAUGUGAAUGAUGGACUUUCUCUGAAUUCUAUCAUUUUAGCAAGGAAAGUCACUGAAGAUGAGGUCGUUUUCCUGCCUGUUCCUAUGUUCAUUAUGUUAGAUGGAACUCUUCGGAAAGCCUUUGAAACGUCUUCAGACCCCUAUGAAAAAUCCUGGCAGUCUCUCAGGAUAAAAAUGUCACAUCUAUAAAUUUUAAAAAAGUUGGCAGGUGUAUUAAAAACACCCACAAAAUAUCGAGAAUUCUUGCCGACUUUAUUUGUAAUAACAACUGGGCCAAGUUGUUUAAAGCUGGGUUAAGAUAACCCAGGGUAAGUGCGACGUUUGCAUUCAGAUUUGAAAGCUUAAAAAGCAUUUCAUUUUUAAUUCUUUUUGUCUACAAGUUGAUGAUUGGAAGCUCUAAAAAUAACAGGGAAAAUUAUCCGAGAAGAUGCUUUUGAACGUACAAUGAAGCGCUAAUCGGCCUUCAAACAACUGGGCCCUGGUUUUCAGCUUGUUUUUACUUUGAGCAGAUGCAUACAGUUACCACACAUGUACUAAUUGAGAGUAUGGUAUAUUGGCUCAUAUACCAUGAUGGCUAAGCCAAUCAGAGCCUUAGAAUUGAACUUGGCUUGCUACUAUGUUUUAUGUCUCUUAUAUGAGUAACAAUAAGCUGAGGGACUUCAGCCAAUCAGAAAGAGGGAAAUAUUUUGGUUGCAUAACAAUACAUGUCGUUACAUUCUAUGUAUGUAUACUAAAAUACUUUUUUAUGUUAGUUUUCAUUUUUAUUCCUAUCACCAGUUUGUAUCUCUCAUUCCUUCCUUUUUAGGUGAGAGUGGAAGGGCGAGUUGAAAAACUGUCUAAUGAAGAAAGUGAACAGUAUUUUCACUCUCGUCCUCGGCCCAGUCAAAUAGGAGCAAUAGUCAGUAAACAGAGCUCAGUUAUCGAGAAUAGACAGGUAUGACCUCAGUGAAGUUUCAAGUGUUCCAUUAGCUAAGGUACUCCUGUUUAGUUUGCAAUUAUUUUGAAUUUGUCAGAGAACAAAAUGAAUUUGCAUAUGUAAGGAGAAUCCAUAUGUUACCGUAAAAUUCCAAAAUUAAUAAGCCCCUCCAUGUAUAAGCCCCCGAAGUCAUAACACAAAAUACAACUGUUCCCUCCUUUAAAUCGCCCCUCCAAAUAUAAGCCCACCGGGGGCUUGUACUUGGAAAUUGCCCUCAAAUACAAAGUAAAACAAAGCAAAAACAGUAAAUUUCCUUCCAACUAUAAGGCUAGCCCAAUCGAUUUUGAAACGCAAAUUUUCCUCCGUAGAUAAGCCCCUCCGAAUAUAAGCCCCUCCAAAAAUAAGCCCCUCAAAAAGGUCCUUUGAAAAAUAUAAGCCCCGUGGCUUACGUUCAGAAUUAUAUGGUAUGUCCCCUUAUCGGAGACCCAGUGAAAGGCAGCCAGGCUGGGAGAAAACUUUUGUUGUGCCAUUUCUUCUGAAGGGGAUCAUGCUGCUGCAAUUGCCCAUGGGGUGCUGGGGAUGGUGUUUGCCUCAAACAACACCUCAAAAAUUAUCACCCUUAAUAAAAAACAUUAUGAACAGAGACAGGAAUAAUUAUUUGCACCUUCCUACAAUAGUAAUAUUUCACAGUACAUGAUGUACACCUGUAUGUGCUACUGUAUGUAUAAGUAGAUUGUUCCAUGUUGAUGUUUUUAAUAAAAGGUUUUUUUUAAAAUUUCUGUAGGCUUUGGAAGAAAUGGAGAAUCAACUUAAGCAAGAAUAUGCUGAUGAAGGAAAACCAAUUCCUAAGCCUGAAAAUUGGUGGGUGAUACAUAUUUUAUAGAAUUUCUAUUCAAAUGUUCUUAAAUCAUAGCCCAAAAGAAAUUCUGAAUGGCAUUUUUUGGGGGUUAAUUUUUGGCCCCAUUCAAUCAUCCCUGUCACUUGAAAUCUGGAGUACCCCCCCGCCCCGAGAUACAUUAAUUAAUCAGAAUUCGGUUCAUCUUGCUUCCUCACAAAACUAUGCCAUAGGCUUUUCCUCUGUUGUUUCAACUGAGUGUUCUUCGUGAUAACAAUCCUGUGAAAUAUUACAUGUCCCUGUGUUCUAUUUAUUUCAGGGGUGGGUUCAAAGUUAUCCCAGAUCAAGUGGAAUUCUGGCAAGGGCAUUCCAACAGACUUCAUGACAGAUUUGUGUUCCGUAAACCUGGAGUGGAUGAAGUUCUUGAUGAGAAUUUAACAAAGAAAGGAAUGGAUGGCUGGGUCUAUGAGAGACUUGCACCAUAGUUUUUAGUUACUGAAAAAUGAAUACAAUCUAUUAUUAAUACUAAAAACAACAACUACUGUUCAAUCUCCAGUGACUUCAACUUCUGUAGGGGGCAGAGCCUCAUAUUGCAAUAUGCAAAUAAUUUCCUUAUUUAUCAUUGUCUCUAAAUGUAGAUGUCAGAAAAAUAUACGUAAUAUGAACAUAAAUAUUAUGAAGACUGACUGUCCAUGGGACUGGUUUUAAGCUUCUUCUACAUGUCUCAAUUUUUAUAGGUUCCGGUUUCAGACCAUCACCAGGGCUGAUUAUAGUAGUAACAUAAUUAGUAAACUACUUUUUAUAGACCUACGAUAACGGUCUACACUUUAAGCUCCGUUUUUAGCACUAUACUGUUCAAUUUUUUUUUUCAUCAUGUAUACCGUAAAAUUCCGAAAAUAAGCCCCGGGGCUUUUAUUUUUCAAAGGCCCUUUUUGAGGGGCUUAUUUUUGGAGGGGCCUACAUUCAGAGGGGCUUAUGGCUGGAGGGAAAUUUGCGUUAUAAAAUCGGUUGGGGUAGCUUGUAGUGGAAAGGAAAUUUACCAUUUUUGCUUGUUUUACCUUGUAUUCGAGGGCAAAUUCCAAGUGCAAGCCCCCCCCCCCCCCCGGGGGCUUAUAUUCGGAGGGGCGAUUUAACGGAUCGAUCGAAGGGUUUUUGGCGUUACGAUUUUGGGGGGCUUAUAUUUGGAGGGGCUUCUACAUGGAGGGGCUUUUUUUCGGAAUUUUAUGGUAAUUGUUACGGACCGAAUCUGUAACACUACAAUCCGUGGAUUCGUAGAGAUUGCCACUUUUUGGAAAAGGGAGGGUGUGAAAAUUAUUUUACUUAAUGUAGUAAUAAUAAGGACCAGAAUGGCUUCUCUAACAAAAGAAAAGUAUUUUUAAGUUUUUUGGUUUGUGGGUGAUGGUUAUAGGCAGGGGAACAUUUCUCUUACAUCUAGGUUGUCCGGUCGAUAAUUGUUCAGUUUUUUUUAUGUAUAAAGAUUGAAUCGAUAUUCUGCUGAUCUUCUCUGGCCUUCUCUCUUCUGAUUAAAGCCAACUGAGUUGGUUCACGCUUGUAAUUAGAAUGCACAGUAUGAUGAGAUACAAGACAAUGCAAUAAACAUUAUUAAGUCUCCC